AUGCGUCUGUUACUUUCUCUUAUACUUUUGCUUCCCUUGAGCUAUGACUCUCUGGCUGCACCAACUGCCCUUCGGCCGCAACGGAAAAGCAGGUCUUUCCGGGUCGAGCGCGUCAGGCGCAGCGACUAUGUCGCCCAUGGGCCCAGCGCUCUGAGCAAGGCGCAUCGCAAGUUCGGCAUCGCCCCCACCAGCUUCACCGGUGUUGAUCUGAGCGACUUCGAGCCCUACGAAGUCGCCAAGAGCGCUGUACUAACGACCAAGGAUUCGGACGACGAUCAGACGGGAGAAGUCGCCGCGAAAUCGGUACAGAACAACGUAGAAUUUAUUUCGACCGUCACCAUUGGCGGCCAGAACGUCCCAAUGGACUUUGAUACCGGCUCAGCGGACAUGUGGGUUUUGAACUCAAACAUGGACCCGUCCUAUAUCCAAGGCCACACGGUCUACCACCCGGACAAAUCCAGCACCUACAAAGCAGUCGAAAACAGCAACUUUGAAAUCUCAUACGGCGACAGUUCCUGGGUCAAAGGCACAGUCUGCACAGACACCGUCUCCAUCGGCGGCGCAACAAUAACAGACCAAUUCAUCGGUCUCCCCUCAGCCGUAUCCCAGGCAUUCGUCUCAGAUACAAACUCCAAUGGCCUGGUAGGCCUCGCUUUCUCAUCCAUGAAUACCUUCCAGCCCGGUCCCCAGAAGACUUUCUUCGACAAUAUCGCUCCCGACCUCGAAGAGCCGGUCUUCACUUCCCUGCUGCGCAGCGGUGGCAUCGGCGAGUAUGAGUUCGGAGCCAUCGAUCAGAGCAAGUAUACCGGUACACUGGUGAACGUCAGUGUCGACCCGUCCAACGGAUACUGGCAAUUCGAUACGAAGUUGUUCGCUGUGGGUAGCGGGCCUUUGCAGAGUGUUGCCGAUACGCCGACGGCUAUUGCUGAUACUGGUACUUCGUUGAUGCUUGUCAGCGAUCAGAUACUGAACGCGUACUACGGCCAAGUCGAAAAUGCUCGGUAUUCUCCCAGUUCUGGCGGCUAUAUCUAUCCUUGCAGUGCAGAUUUGCCUAGCUUGACUGUUGCGCUGGGUGAUAAGUAUCAGGCGACUAUCCCGGGUUCGAUGAUUAAGUUUGCGGAGGUUGGGACGAAUACGACGACUGGCGGGACGGUGUGCUAUGGUGGUCUUCAGUCGAGCUCGGGUUCGAGUAUGAUGGUCUUCGGUGAUGUGUUUUUGAAGGCUUUGUUUGUGGUCUUUGAUCAGCGGGGUCCUUCUCUUGCAUUUGCUUCUCCGAAGUGA